AUGCAUCUCAUCAACAACCAGUGAUCACAUGGGCGUCAGAGAGAGAUGGCCAUCAGGGGGUGUGCCGGCCGCAUGGUCUCCAUAACCGUGGUCACCAUAGGGCAACGCAGCAGCAUAGGGCGACGGAAGACCAAAGGACGCCGGCCUCUCAUACCCGGGCACAUGUCUGCCAGACGGCAUCGCCUCAACAUGGUCUUCGGUUGGAAUGGCAAGGGGCGGGUCGAGGCUGCUGGCCGGAGACGCCAAUGCGCUCGCGGGGAUGGUUAUGGGUAUGAACGAUGUGGGGGACAGACCGUCUCGGGUGACGCUUGAUGCCGUCCUUGGAGGCACUGGAAGACUCGGCAUCGGGAGACGUGGCCCAGACUGGGAGUGAUUGCCAGACACAUCCGCCACCCUCACUGUCGGCAGCGGCACCGCGUCUGCACGGCUUCCACAAUCGUGAUCAUCAUUGUCCAUCGGUGUCUUCACGCUGAUUGGGACGCUCUGAUGCACAACGUCAGCACGCUGCGGCGAACCCGGAAUGGACCCGGGCAGCUCGAAGUCCGACUGUGUACGUGCCGCAAUGUCCCUCUCUGACUCGCCACGACACGCCGCUGCGGGUGUCAUGCUGAAGGUCAUCUUGGAUGGCGCUUCCUCGUCGACGGACAUGCUCAUUUCAUCCGAACGGCUCUGUGGGCUGCCCUCUCUCUGGUAUAGAAAUGACGCCGCCGUCACGUAGGGCUUGGCAGGAGGGCGCUUCGAGUCCUCCGUCCUCCGGCUGAUGUAGCCGACCUCGGGUGGCUGCGGAGACACCCGUGCGUGGGAUUUCCUUGACGCGAUCGGGGAGGGAGUGCUGUGUGGGGAGGUGAUGGCUGUGUUGAGUGGGGCGCGGGGCGGGGUGUAGUCGGACAUGCCGAUGGCUCCGUGGCCCACACUGACUGUGGCUCCGUAGAUGGAGUGACGGAUAGAGUACUCGGGGAGAGUCGCCCUGUGGAUGACACAGGCAGGCAGCAAACAUGACGGACGUGACACAGGCAGGCACAGCACACGGCAUCCAUGUCCCUGUGUGGUGUGACGUAGCGUGGCGUGGCGUGGCGUACUCACCUUCGCUUUCUCUCGAGUGCAGACAGAAGGGCAAGGGUCAGCAAAGCAACCCGGAGAAGAUCAAGAAAAAAGAACAAGAGCACCAGAACGGCUGUCCACAGGACCUGCACACGUGGAGGGAGACACAUACACGAGACAUGACAAACCGAGAUCAUUCACACUACGUGGACAGUUGGCUUCUCCUGACCAGGAAGUACGAUAUGUCAGCAAGAGAUCCAAGAUGUCGGGGCGCCAGCAGCAGCAGCACAGCACACGAGGCGGCAAGCAUCGAACACAUGGUCAGGUGGCUGAGUCCCAAGGACAGUCUAUACACCCAGUCCGGCGUGUCAGGCCGCCGGCCCAAGUCCAGUGUAUCAUGCCUGACCGCACACCAGAAGAGGAGGGAGGAGACAUGGCAACGGGGGCAGGCAAUCUGUCUUGUCUUGCGUCAGCCUGCUCCUUGAAUGCGUACUUGAGUGCCAUAAGGUGUUCCCUCUCCAGCUGCUCAAUGAUCUGCUGCACCAGCUGCACACUCCGGUCAUCAUAUUUGAGGUCCUGCAGACCCGCCGGCUGCCUCAUGAUGGCCUCCUCGACGCUCUCCAAGGCCAAGGCCUCACCCACGUCGGGAGGGGGCAGGGCUGGCGGCGGUAUUAUGGGCGGCGGCUGCAGGUGGCCGAGGUCUGGCGGCUCGGAUGGGACUGCUGCAUCUCCCUCGAUGUCUUCUCUGAGUGAGGGCACAGAGGAUGGCGGCGGUUUGUGUGGCACUGUAAUAUCGAGGAAUGAGCGGGCCGGGAGGGCGCCACCGGCCGCUGACGGUGGGUGGAGAUCCCGGGUCAAUAUGAUGCGCUCCAGGAUUGUAGCGGGGGUGUCACCCUCCUCGAUUGGGGGCAGCUGAGACAUGGCACGCAAGUCUGUUACGGGGAUCAUCGAUCUGGGUGUCUGUGUGUCUCUCUGUCUGUCUGUCUCUGACUGACUGACCACAUUGAGAUGGGGUUCUCUCUGUGGCCAAGGGACGACUGUGGGCAGGUCCGGGGCGUCAGAUGGCGGUGGCUCGGUGGGCAGCGGGAUCGACGGAACUCCCGCGCCCUCUUCGGGUCCCGCCACACGAGAUAUGUGUGAAAGCAAUUCAGACAAGUUCUGCGCCGGGACGAGGGGCGGACUCUCGGGCCGCUCUGGGGGUUGUGCGGUGUCUUCCUCUCCCUCUUCGUGUUUGUUGUCCUCUGUGGUUGCCGUGCCGGGUCGGCUGGACGCGAACACGCCCUCGUCUCUCAGCUCUCUUCUCAAGAGGUCGCUCGCCAAUUCACGGUCAGCGCUGCUCCCCUGCGCGCUCUCUUCAUCGAUGACGUUGCCUCGCGCCAAGUGCGACUGCGGCGAGGCUGCGACUGACCGCGUGAAAUGUGAGGGGGGGACAGGUGUUGUCUCGACUGACCCUGGCACAGUCACCGGCGCAAAAUCGAUAUUGGAAGACGCGCCAGCCCGCCGCUCUUCUGCAUCUCGAUCUGGUGGCAUCAAAG